AUGGCGAAUUCACAGGAGCAUGCAACCACUAGUGUCGAUGACAUCGCGGUCUACAAGGGUGACCUGAUUGGUGAGCUGAGAAAGGCACAGCAUAUCCUACGGGAUAUAGUCCGAGACAGCCGUUGCUGUGUCUGCUGGGAUGUUCUGCAAAAGACGUAUGUCGGCCAAUGUGGACAUAGCAUCUGUAUGAAGAUAGAUCACAUCUACGAGCCUUUGCGUCUGUGGGCGGUGGAAAACAUGUCCACGGAGACUGGAGAGCUUACGACAAGCCCAGAGAUUGUCCCGAGAAGACUGGAGCACGGGGAUAAUUACCAAGACGACAAGAACUGUGAGUCCGAUGAUGAUGUUCCGGGAAGACUGGAGCUCGCGGGAAAGUCCCAAGACGACAACAACUGCGAGUCCACUGAGGAGACGAUGGAACCGUUCCACUGGGCUGCUCUCCUCCUCAUUGUUGGUACAUUUAUAUUGCUGUAG